AUGCCAAAGCCACGUACCAAACGCGCAGCAGAAGAGGAGCUACAGCCUCCGGCCUCCUCCCGGUCACGCCGCUCCCAUGGCUCUGAUACUCAACGGCGUGGCAACGCGCGGCAAGUGAGCACCACCCUGGAAGAGGAGGAAGUCUCUAAGGAUGUGAACGCAGAGAGUCGAGGCGAGAAGGAUGCGCGCGCUAGCACCAAGACAGCACACGUACGAGGCGUCGCUCCGAGCAGCGAUGACGCACAUGUCGAGCAGUUUCGGCAGACUUUGCGUGCGGAGUCCGCAGCGCUGGACAAGUUGCUGCUAGACAAUGCGGACAGAGCCUCCGCCGCCACGACCACCUUUCGCACCACCAUCCACGCGCGCCUGUCUUCCGCCCUAACCCCCUCAACAACCCCCUCCACAGAAGGAGCGACGAUUAUCCUACAAGCUUCCCGUGCUCUGCUGGCCGACUACGACACCGCCGUCGCCACCUUCGCCUCAACCGCCUUGCCCAAUCUCUCUCCCGCUGCUCUCUCCGCGCAACAAGCGCGCUGGGAAGCCGACAAAAACGAAGUGCGGCGGCUGCUAGAGCUGGGGAGACGGGUGACGCUUACAAGGAUACGGCGGGGUUUGGGCGUUGAUAGCAGGGCUGAGGGAAGUGGCGAGGUUGGUGUCGGUGAGGAAAGGGAGUAUGAAGCAGUAGCCAAGGGGUUUGGGGAGCGAAGUGAGGCAGCCGGGGAAGGCGGCAAGAGAAAGGAGCUUGGUGGACUGGGGAUGGAUGAGACGCUGAGGUAUGCCGAGAGAGGUGUGAGGAGGCUUGUGAAGGGGUUGCCUAGGGAGGAAGAGGUGUGA